AUGUUAAUUAAAUUUUUAUUAAUUUUAUUUUUAUUUAAUAAAUCAAUUACUGAAACAUUGAAAAAUGUAUUAUUCUAUGAAAUAAAACAAAAUGAACAUGAUCAUAAAUAUGAUAUUCCAUUAAAUAUUAAAGAAAUAGAAUUAUCUUGCUUAUAUGGUACUGAAUGGUUUAUUCCAUCAACUAUACCAUAUAAAUUUAAACCAAUAAUUAUAAUUAAUCAAAUAGAGAAUCAAAGUAAACUUUUAAUUAAAUUACCAGAGAAUAAUAUAUUACGUACUCAUUUUCGUGGAUUAUAUCAAUGUUGUCAAUCAUUAAAUCAUUAUAAUAUGGGUAUAAUAAACUGGUUUCCAAAUGAACCAUCUUGUUGCCCAUGUUGUCCAUGGUAUGAACAAGAUCAAUGUUUAUUUAAACAAAGUAAAUUAAUAAAUAGUUCAAAUGUUAUAAUAAAAUUAAGAAAUAUUACAACACAUUGUGGUAGCGUUUUUCUCUAUACAAAUUCAGUUAAUAUGAAUACUGUUCAUUUGGAUGUUAUACGCGAUCAACCUAUGCUUAUACCAUGUCCUGGAUUAAACAGUACAUUUAAAGAAGAGUCUUCAGAAUUUUGGAUUGAUUAUCAAUUAACACCUCAUAAAUCAAGUCGUCAAAUAUGGUAUCCAUUUAAACGAUCAGAAAGCAAUCAGUUUCAUUCAAUUCAUUAUUAUUAUGACAAUCGGUUUGGUGUAUGUCUUUUAAAAUCACAAUUUCCACGUAUAAUGUUAUUUAUGUUAUGUAAUUAUAAUCAAAUUAGUCAACAACGUAUUGUUCAGCCAAUAUGGCCUAUGCCAUCACCAGUUAUUGCACCUACAGUCCAUUUGUAUUUACAAUCAAUCAAUAAAAUGGAACACAACACAUACAAAUUAGUCAAUAUAAGAAAUCAUUCUGAAUUUUUUCUAAACAAUAUUAAUUGGUUUGUUAAAUAUUCUAAUGAACUUUUAACAUUUCGUGUAAUGCAACUAACCACAGUAUUACGUUUAACGUGUAUUGGUAGUUAUACACAAAAAUAUAUUGUUCAUAAACCGAUAGGCAAAUUAUGUUUUAGAUGGAAAACCUUAAACCAAGAUAAUGUAAAACUCUCCAACAUAUCUGAUCUCCAAGAACAUUACCAGUCUGAUGACCAAAGUACAUGGGAAAGAACAGAAUGUUUGACUACACAUCAAACAUUUAAUAAGUUCUCAGUUCUUUAUGCUUUUUCAAAAUAUGAUCUAGAUCUAUCGAAAAAUUCAAAUGAAACCAAUCAAUCAGUCAAUAAUACAUUUAUACUUUGUGAAGUAACUACACCAGAUAGAAUGGCACCAAUAAGUCAAAGAAUAGUUCAAAUAGUAAAGACCACCAAUCAAAUAUCAAAUAAAUUACACAUAAGUUUUCAUUGUAAUUGCCUAAUCUUAGGUGGCAAUCAGUCCUCGUUUAGUGAAAAUUCUACUUUGGGUCUCCUUAUAAAAAACAAUUCACUUAACAUGAAUAUAUCAUUUUGGACAGAACACGAAACUGACGAUCAACCGUUCUGUAUUAUUAAACAUGGUAUUCAUCGAUCUGACCAGAAAACAAAGGAAACACAAAUAAGUCUUAUCCGUUCUAGAGAUACUUGGAAAUGUCUUGUGAAAAUAAAAAUUAAUUUGACAAGUCAAACAAUUACUUUGUCUAUUGGAUAUGGAGAGACUAAAAGAACACUUCAAUUAUUUAUUGUCAAAUCUGUCCUGGAGUUAUCUAGAAAUGUUGAAAAUCUUCAUAGCCAAAUUACACAACAAUAUUAUCUUCAUUGUGUUCCAAAUGAUAUUGAAAGGAGCAUAGCUCGAAAACUCGGAUAUAAUUAUCCAAAUAAUGUGACUUGGUUUAUUUCAAUUGAUAAUCAUACUCAAAACUAUACAACAUACGAUAAAACGCUUGAACAUAUGUUUAAAUUAAUACCACUUUACAAUGCAACCGAUUAUCCUAAGAUAGUACUUAAUAAAACAGAAAAGUUAUGGGAACGUAUUAAUGAAAUAUCUCAUCUACGUAAUUUAUAUUUAAAUUAUUGGCCUGAGAAAUUAUGUGUAAGAUGUAGCAGUGUUUACGAAAUAGGAAUGUACUUUAAUGGUCAAGAAAGUUGUGCAGUAUUUAAUGAUUUCAAUGUAAUUGAUACAUUCAACAAUACUGAAAACAAUCGUUACAUUCAAAAUAACAGGAAAAAAAGGCAGUUGUAUUUCGUUAUUGAAUUAAAUAAUUCUUCACAAUUUCAUGAAAUAAAUUCACAACUUAACAAUUCAGAAAUUUCUCUCGUUCAAGGUACAUUUAUGAGUUUAGAGUGCAUACGCAAAAUACACACAAAACCUGAACAACUCAAACUAAAGGAAUGGCCUAAAUUGACCAUUAUUAAUAUACAAAAUAGUACUGAAGAUCAUUUGACUCACAACACAUUCUGGAUAUUAUCUCCUUAUUCUUUCAAGGUCAGAAAAAUAAUCCAUUUGAACAAACCAACUGUUGUUCAUUUUAAAUGCUCAUAUAAAAGUGAGCAAUUUGUAAUCAAAAUUCAUACAUUUAAACAAAAUGUACCGAAGAUUUUGAAACCCACUGAAAAUGUACAACUAAUUAGAACAAAUUUACAACAACAUACUGUAUUGAAUUUCAGUAUUAAUACUGAUAACAUGACUAAAAAUAGCAUAGAAUUAAUAUGUCAAGCUAUUGGUUCGCCAAAACCAAGUAUACAAUGGAUGAAAGCAGUUUAUAAUCAAAGUGAAUCAUUUACUAAAUGGGAAAAUGUACAUACAUGUUCAGUAGAUGAAAAUAAAAUACAAUCUAAUAUCAGUAUAAAUGAUGAUCAAGAAAUUCAAACGUGUAUAUAUAACAUAUCAACAUUAUUGUUAACUUCAAAGGAUACUUUAAAUCAAUCACAUUAUCAGUGUUUAGCCAAAAAUAUUGCAGGCAACGCAUUUAAACAAAUCAAACUGAUUUAUCUAGAUACUACUUCGAUUAGUUCCAAUGAAACCAUAAAUUUACAAAUAAUGAUAAAAAAUUUCAUUUCAUGGAUUUUUUUAAUUAUAUUACCAAUAAUCUUAAUUCUUAUUACACUGAGUAUAAUUCUAUGGUUAUGUUAUAAAAUAAGUUAUAAAAAUCAAUGUUCUUCAGAUAUAUCACUUCCAAAUGUUCUUUAUAAAAAUAUUUAUAAUCGUCUUCAUUCAUAUCAUUAUAAAUCAUCAUCAUCAUCAUUACUAACUUCAUAUAGUUUGAGUAAAGAUUAUAAGUCUAUUGAACAAGUGUUAAGUCAACUUUUAGGUUUCACUAUUAAUACUACUAUUAAAGAUACUACUAAUAUCACAAAAUCAACCACUACUACUGCAAAUAGUUCUAUGAAUCAAAUCAAUAAAUGGAUUAUACCACGUAAAUUUAUCAAACGAUCUAAUUAUCCACUUGGUUCGGGACAUUAUGGUUCAGUAUUUAAAGCAUGGUUACACAGUUCAUAUAUUAAAGAUACAUUGAAUAAUGAAUUCAAGGAUAUACUAUUAAAAGAGGAUACUGACAAUUAUAUUGUUGCGUUGAAAGUAUCAUCAAUGGUUGAAAAAAAUACUGUUAACAAUAAUAAUAUUAACGAUAGCAGUAAAUUAUUAUGUUUAAAAAAUGAAAUACGUAUAUUAUCAAACUUAACUAAUUGUGAUAACAUAAUCAGAAUGAUUGGAAUAAUGUUUGAAAGUAACCUGAAGAGGAACAGAAUCCCAUUGAAUGGUGUGAAUUUGAUUCUUGAAUGUUGUAAAUAUAAAAGUUUAGCACAUUUUAUCCGAUGUCAUUCACAUCAAAUUAUAGAUAGUUUAAUGAAUUAUGAGGAGGUUCAAUUGACCAAUUUCUAUAUGAAAGACAUCAAGAUGAAUACUCAUGAUAGAACAACAUUGGGAGAGUAUAAAUUGACUGUAAAAGAGAUAUAUCGUUUCGCUUACGGAAUUAUAUCAGGUAUUGUUUAUCUGGUGAAGAAUUAUGUAAUACAUAGAGAUUUAGCCACUAGAAAUAUUCUUAUUAACCAUAAUUAUAUACCGAAGAUUAGUGAUUUUGGCUUGGCUGUACAAAUGACACCAAUCAAUGGGUUAACAAAUGAUGAUAUCUAUAAUAUUGAUGGUGAAUUUAAUGAAGAUCAAUUGAUCGAUGAAUACUAUCGUGUAUUGACGCCAAGAAAAAAGUUACCUCUUCGAAUUCUACCACCUGAAGCACUGUUACAACAUAAAUUUUAUUUUAGUUCAGAUAUAUGGCAAUAUGGUUUACUGAUAUGGGAACUAUUUCAUUUGGAAAAACGUGAACCAUUUCAAGAGAUUAAAACAUUUCAAGAAUUAGUAGGUAUGUUAUCAGAGCACAAUCUUAAUAACAACAAGAAUAAUGGUACAGAUGGUAAUUCGGACGUUUCAGGAUACACUUUGAAAAAAACAACGAAUUGUCAGAGAUUAUUACCACCGUCCACAUUAGAUAAACCUAUACUAGUGAACGAUGAAUUAUGGGAGAUGAUGUGUCAAAUGUGGUCUUAUAAUCCACACAAACGUCCUACUGCAGCACAGAUUCAUGAUAAACUAAAACACUUACUCGAUGACACUAAGGAAACAUUCAGUUGCAUAGACUUUCAGCACAACUGUCAUGGACAUCGCCAUCAUAAACACCAUAGCUGUACAUACAAGAACUGUAAAUUUUUGUCAGAUACAUAUUUCAUUGAAGUUCAUAAUCACUUGGUACACAGUUAUGAAAAUACAAUCCAGUCUACGUGAAUUCCCUGUCGGUAACACACACCUUAUCUACAGUGCCCAUUACCCUAUAAUGUAUAUAAACUAUUAACAUUGCUAUUAUUUUAAACGAUUUGGUCUUUCUGUAUUUACUCACCUAGGAUGAAAUCAGUUGAAUUGACGUGGCUUGUUACAAUUAGUAUAGGAUAUCAAUUGAUGAAUUCUCGUGAGUGGAUGCUUUAUAGUAUCUUGAUGGUUGUAAGCACCGACCACCAAUGAUUACAAAAGCUUGGAAUCUAGAAUAUAUGUCUCAAAACCAUAAGCUUCUGC